AUGCCGCAGCUCCCCAUGGCAUCAUCUCGAACCCUUGUCGUCGUCCACCAGCUUCGCCCACGACACCUGGGAUCAACAUCAUGCUCAGGACAGUUACAACCCUACAUGUCUCCCCGUGUCCGACCCUUCACCCAGAAACCUACCCUUCUUCUCCUCGCACGCCCAUUCCCCCGACCUCAACUCCCCUUCCUCCACCCGGGACACUCGCUCCCCGUCUCACUUUCACAAACCAGUAUCCUCACCUCGUCCGUCACCCGCUACAUCUCCACCGAACGCAAGAACCGCUGGAAGCAACAGUUCUGGGCACAGGUUCGCUUCCACUCAUAUUUCUGGCCCAUUCUCACGUUGAUCUUGGUCAUGUAUGCUGGGGUCCGGCAUGUGAAGCUAGAGAGAAGAUUUCCCACUCCUCGAGACUGGGGGUUCAGUUCUAGAUGGGCGUUUAGGAUGGCCAAGUUUGUGGAGAAUGGUGAAGACGAUCAUACCAGCGCCGGGGUCAAGAGGGGGGUAACCGACUGGGGCCGAGUGGGCAGGUACUGGGAAGAAGUCCUGAGGAACACUGAGCAGGGUUUGGAUCCCCUGCAAUCAGGCAACGGCAACGGAAGAGAUGUCCGUGCCAAAAGCGAUCAGUGGAGACGAGGCUAUGUCGAGGCUUUGAUGGGAGCCGCCACCGCAGCAGAACAUCUGGAUGGUUACUAUCGUCGCAAAGGCAACACACGAGGCUGGCUCAAUUUCGGUGGCGGCGCCGUCAGAUUGUAUCCCAAAGACAGCAUCCUCUCGCCGGAUAACCCCAGGCCGAAGCCUCUCCCUUGGGAUCGAAAAUAUGGCCGCGAGGUCGCUCCCAAUUGGAACGACGUCGAGCCCGCAUACGAUUCACCAGACGUCUUUUAUAACAGAAUCCUGGAAUCGGAGGGUCUCGACAAUCGUCAGAAGAUGGAUGCCGCGUUGGCAUUUGCAGAUUGGUUGGAUUUUGCCGACGGUGCAACCCAGUCUGAGUCAUCCUUGUUGUCGACUCAAGCACUUGACCAGCACCGGUUGGCUCUAGAUCUCGCAUGUCAGGGGCUGCCAGAGACGGUGAGAGAUAAAGUUGUAGAUGUCAACACGGGCAUCAUUAACAAGACCUACGACGAUUUGGUGACAGAGAAUGUGCUCAAGGCGACCACCUCUCUCGGCGUACACUAUGCAAAACAUGGGCAGGUCAAAGAUGCAUUGCCCAUCUUCCUGAGUGUGUUGCGGGCUAGGAAGACUCUGCCGCCAUCGCCAUACGGCGCCACAGGGCAGCAAAAGAUGUCUGCUUACGAAGCUGACGGAGGAAUUGAGGAGUAUCUGUCUAUUGUAAAGGACCUAGUCGUCGAAGGACCCUACCCUCCACCUCCACCGAGUGGCAAUGAACGUCCAUUCCAUACCCUGAAAGAAGCUUGUGAGGAGGUUGGCCUCAUGACAUAUAUUGGAGAGAUCUUAUUUGCCACGAGCGCCUCAGAGCGAGAGAAAGGACUGAGCUGGACGAGAGACAGUGUCGAGGCUGCAGAAGCAGUCAUGUGGGCUAUGGACGAGGAGAAGGUCGAUGAUGGACGAGAUAAAUGCCGACAGUGUCUACAGACUGGGCUGCAGAAUUGGCGGCAAAUGGCCCAACAAAUGUCCAGGUUGGCCGCUCAGAAGGAACAUGAUAUUGAGAACAAUUCAGGCCAAUUGGGACUGGGAUGGGGCAAGUCAUCUCGACUAGCCAAGGCACAUGAAGAAGUCAUGAGGUGGGAAGGGGAGAAGGAAGCGAUUGAAUUGCGAAGACAGAAGACUUUACCCCUAACGCAGCCACUGAGAUCUGUACGUGGAGGGUGGGAGGCGAGAAGAUGA